AUGGGUACCAUCGUGUCGUUCUUCUUCAGCGGCUUUGUCAUGGGCAAGGUGCCCUUUUCCCUGUCCCCCCGCUUCCGCCCCAUGCUGCAGCGCGGGGUCGACCUCGCCUCCCUGGACGUGUCAUAUUUCACGGGGCUGUCGUACUACAUUCUGCUGCUCUUCAGCAGCAGGGGGCCCUUCAGCCUCGUGUUCAGAGAGGACACUGUGGAUGAUGCUGAGCUCAUGCGGCGCCAGAUGGCCAUGGGCGCGACGCCGGGGGCGGGCUUUGACGCUGUGGCUGUGUUCAAGAGCGAGAAGGCGGCCUGGGAGGCGACGGCCCACGAGUGGGCGCUUGAGUCUGCAGAGGCUGACGCGCUGCGCGUGCUGCGGCCCGCGGGUGGCGGCUGA